AUGAAGCAAAACGCUAAGAAAAGAGAAAUAACUGAACCAGUAAUCAUUGUAGAAGAUGACGAUGGGGAAGAAGAUGAAAAGAAAGUUGAUGUGAAGAAAUUGGAAUCAAAGAAGCUGACAGCAGCAACAAUUGGGAGGCUUCCAGCACUUUUGCUUUACCAAAUACUCAUAAAAUUACCAGCGAAAUCAGUGUUAAGAUUCAGGUGCGUAUCUAUAGGAUGGAAUACUUUAUUGAAACACCCUAAGUUUAUUUCAAAUUUCUUUAUCAUGAAUAAGGGAAAACUUAAGGUAUUAAUGAAACCAUUUGGUCAAGAAUUUUUUGCAUCAAUUGAUUAUUUCCGUGAGUCUUCGUUGUCGCCUACAUUGAGUUAUAGAGCUUUUGAGGCUCAUAGUCCAUUUGCAAAGUCUGAGGUUCAUACAUUUAGUUCAGUUUAUGGCAUAAUUUUUGUGGAGGGUUAUUUGGGAAAAGAUAAUUUGUGUUUAUGGAAUCCGGCUACUAGGGAAUUUAAGAUGGUAUCGAAGCCUAAGGUAACGGAACCGGAUUUGAGUGUCGUUGCAUAUGCAUUUGGAUAUUUUGGUGAUUAUAAGAUUGUGAGAGCUAGGAAAUGUUAUAAGGAGUAUGGCAAUGUUGUUGGUACUUCUGGUAGAUUUGUUUCUGAUUGGGAUAACUGGGCAGAAUUCGUUACGACAGGUAGGUUAGGUUCAAGUAAUUCCGAGGUUUGUGUUGGUUGUGAUGUUCUGGUGUAUUCAUUAAGGGCGCAUUCGUGGAAGAAACCUAGACAAGCUAGUAUUCCUUAUGAUAUUCAUGUGUACGAUAAUAUUGAUAAGGAUGUAUACUUUGAUGGAAAUGGAAACAUUAUUUGGAAAGCAACUCGAUGCGAUGUGAAUGGGUCUACAGCUGUGUACGGAGUUUUACUUGCGUUUCAUACUGGAGAUGACACUUUCAGGGAGGUUCCGGUUACUCCAGAAAUUGAAGUCUUAAUUAGAGAAAGAGUUAUUUACCGUAAUUUGCUGGCUAUUUUGGAUGAGCAUCUUUGCAUUCUAAAUAAGUGUUCGGAUGGUACUAUCGAGAUAUGGUCUAUGAGACAGUACUCAGUAAGAGAAUCUUGGACUAGAUGGAAGUCUAUUGGUAGAAAAUGCAUAAGAAGAUCUCUUCAACAAGAUAGUGAUAAGGAGUACUUUUUGAAGCCGAUUUGGGAUUUCAAGAAUGGCGAGGUUUUAUUUAUCGAGAAUUACGGUGUACUGGUUUUAUAUGACAUUGUGAAGAAUAAAAGAGUUAGGGUUCUCAAGAUCCGUGGUGUCCCUGAAUUUUGGUUAAGAGCGGUGCCUUACGUUGAGAGCCUAGUGCCACUUAAUACAGGUAAAUGUGUGCAGGGCCGAGAUCAAUUAGUGAAAGGAAUGAAAACCGUAAAGGAGCCUCAGAAUGGAGAAGAAACUAGCUUUAUAAGCUAUGCAUUAAGCUUAGUGCUUGGUAAUGGGAAAAGAGUGAAAGUUGAACACACUGGGUGUAUAGAGAAGCGUAGUUUCAUUGAAAUCAUACAGUAG